AGUGAUUGUUUGCAGUGUGCGAAUAUUGGUCCGGCUGCGUACAAUUACGACGAGACCGUUUCGACGUUACGAUAUGCGAAUCGUGCCAAAAACAUCAAGAACGUGGCACGCAUCAACGAGGAUCCCAAAGAUGCGUUGCUGAGGAAGUUUCAACUGGAAAUCGAACACCUCAAAAAAUUGCUGGCGGCCGAUGAUUCGAGUGCGGGUAGUGGAGAGGAUGAGAUGAACGAAGAGAAUGGUGCAGAUUCGAUUAUGGAAAGCAACAAUAAUAAUAUCUUCAGUAGUAGUAUGAUUUGUAAGCGAGUGAAAGGAAGAUACGAUGAACGCAUUGAACAACUCGAGAAGAAUAUUGGCCAGAAACGAAUCGAGUUGGAAAAAGAGAAAGGUCUUGCCGAAGAGGAACGACAAGCGUUGGCUGCGGAACUGAGCGCGAAAGAGGCCGAGCUGAGUCGAGCGAAAGCCGAGCAUUCAGAGUUGAUGAAUAAACUGCAUCAAAUCGAGAAACGAUUGAUUGUCGGCGGUGAAAAUAUGCUCGAAAAAGCGGAGAAACAAGCCAAGUUGCUGGCCGAAAGUAAUGCUGAGCUGGAGAGGGCACGGGCGAACGAAUCGCAUCUGCGAAAGGCGUUAGCCGAGAAGAAUCAAGAAAGAGUGGAUCUAGAAGAGAAAUACAAUUCGUUAGCGGAAGAGGCGCAUGGUAAGACGAAAAAACUGAAAAAAGUUUGGACAAUGUUGAGCGCAGCAAAAAGUGAGCUGGCCGAUGUGCAAAGUGAACAUCAGCGGGAAAUGGAAGGUCUACUCGAUUCGAUAAGACAACUCAGAUCCGAACUGCUUUUACAACUUCUCAUCAUUGACAAUUACAUACCUACUGAGUAUUUGGAAAUGAUCGAGCGAUUUGUGUGGUGGAAUGAAGAGAUGGGUGAUUGGCAACUGAAGUGUAUCGCAUACACUGGAAAUAAUAUGCGCGCUCGUAAUCCUCUCCCAACACCUGUCUAUAAGGUGGAAAAUCCACAAAUGCGAAAUUUGUUUCUGUCGUAUGCUGAUGAAAUUGGGCAAAAUGUACAGAUAGAACCAAGAAGUGCGGCGAAAGUACGAUUAAAAUCGGCGAAACGCGAAAGAGACGCAGCCAGAUUAAAAGCACUGCUGCAUUGA